AUGGCCGCCAGAAUGCAACAGGGUAGUCGCCCUGGUGGGAACUCUAGGUUCGCGCAGUUUAAGUUGGUGCUUCUAGGAGAGUCCGCUGUCGGAAAGAGUUCACUGGUCCUACGAUUCGUUAAGGACCAAUUUGACGACUACCGGGAGUCCACCAUUGGCGCUGCGUUCCUCACCCAGACUAUAGCUCUCGAUGAGACUACCACAGUCAAGUUCGAGAUAUGGGACACCGCGGGCCAAGAACGCUAUAAGUCCCUUGCACCCAUGUACUACCGGAACGCAAACUGUGCCGUAGUAGUCUACGAUAUCACACAAUCUGCUUCUCUAGAUAAAGCAAAAGCUUGGGUCAAGGAACUACAACGACAAGCCAAUGAGAACAUAAUAAUCGCCCUCGCAGGCAACAAGUUGGAUUUGGUCACCGAGAGCCCGGAUAAGCGUGCUAUAUCGACCGCUGACGCCGAGCAAUACGCAAAAGAAGCCGGUCUUCUCUUUUUUGAGACAUCUGCAAAGACUUCCGAGAACGUGAGAGAACUCUUCACGGCCAUUGCGAAGAAGCUACCGCUAGAUCAAGCUGGUCCUCGAAACAUCCGAUCUGGGCCUCGCGCUGGCGUCGAUUUGAGUGGUCGCGAGAAUCCUGGCACUCAAGGUGGUAACGGAUGCAACUGCUAG